AUGAGUAGCGAAUCAAGAACAGAACUAAUCGCGUGGAUGAACGACCUGUUGCAAAUCAACUAUACAAAGGUUGAACAAUGUGGAACGGGCGCCGCUCAUUGUCAAAUAAUCGACUCCGUAUUCGGGGAUGUUCAAAUGCAAAAAGUUAAGUUUAAUGCGAGACAUGAAUAUGAGUACGUCGCUAAUUUCAAAGUGUUGCAGACAGCUUUUGACAAACACAAAAUUGAUAAGAUGAUUCCCGUCGAACGACUUGUUAAAUGUAAAUUUCAAGAUAAUCUUGAAUUCUUACAAUGGAUGAAGAAAUAUUGGGAUACAUAUUAUCCUGGCGGACCUUAUGACGCCGUAGCAAGGCGUGGUGGUGGUCAAGUAGGCGCUGUAAAAUCAGUAUCCGGUGGUGGCGCCACUAAGACCAUGGCAAAAAGGACCACUGCCGCUAGCACAGCGGGACGAAUGGCAUCUUCAUCGUUACAUGAAUCCAAUCAAUCAGCUUCAAUGAUGAUCGAAUUAAACAAACAAGUAGAUGAACUCAAAGUUACCGUAGAUGGUCUCGAAAAGGAACGCGAUUUUUACUUUGGAAAACUUAGAGAUAUCGAAAUCCUGGUUCAACAGCAACUCGAUGUCGAACCUGAUAACCAAUUAUUGAAAGAAGUUCAAGCCAUUCUUUAUAGCACAGAAGAUGGAUUUGAAGUUCCACCCGAAGGAGCAGCUGAAGCAGAAGCAUUUAGUGAUAAAGCAGUUGGUGCAACAUUACUUUUAACCUCUGUAGUAUUGUUUUUAUAUUAUACGAUAUGGGCAUUGAUUAUGCCAUUUGUUGAUGAGGGACAUCCAUUACAUGAAUAUUUUCCUGAUAGAUCAUAUGCCAUAAGGAUACCUGUUGUAUUAUUACUUAUUGGUCUUACUGUAGUAUUUACUUUCCUGGCUUUGGUGAUGAUAAAAAGCAAUGGUGCAAAGAAAAAUGUCAAGAAAGCUUAA